UUUUAGAAGCUUUUAGAGCAUAUUUUUUGCAAUGUCGAUAGCAACGCGGCCCGCGCCUUCAUUUUUACUCACAUGGUAAUCAUUCCUUGCUAGCCUCAAUGAGUUUACUUGGGAUGAUGGUCCCAUAUAUAGUGUCGUCUUCACUGCCACGCUUCGCGCUCAUCGUUCAUACGUGCCUCGAGACCGUAUCUGGACUACCAAAACAAGAUAGACGAUGUGGAUUUGAUGAUUGUGAAAUCCUUGGGACUGUCAGCCGUCUGAGCUCAGACACUCUACUUUUACUCUCCUGGACCACAGGAUUUUGCAUCGCAUCCCAUAUGUUCUGCCCAGGUUUCAUGACUCUAUCUCGCUUCUUCUUUUGCUUUGCUCAGGCACCACAUGAUAGAGCCAUUGCGAUCUGAUCAAAGUCGGCUUAAUGCCUCCCGACUUGAAGCUCUCGUCUCCUUGGCAUGCGCAUUUAUUUGUGACAGAGGUAUAUACUCACCCCAUAAUUUAAUUGUCGUGCUCAAUAUCGUUGGAUCAUACUUGAGUUGCACCGCAGGGUGCGUGUAAUCUGACCAUCAGCCAACGCA